AUGUCAGAGACUCGGGUGUUUGUAGCCAGGGCUGAGAUGCAGCAGGUUCGUACCGCAACGGAGAGAAAGACGAAAGCCAGAGAGAGACUCAGGAGGUGGACGGUGGAGAAGAAAGUGAGUGGAGAGAUUGACAGGCUUCUAACCAAAAUAGAUGAUGGAACUAAGCGCACGAGCCCGAGAAAUGGAACGCUGGAACGGAAACAUUUGAGCAGUUUUUUCUAG